UUCUUGAACCGCAGACAGGGACAUGCUGCAAUUGGCUCAUGGCACAUACAUGCUUCGGCAUGCCAAAGCUUGUUGCUAUGCGUGCUGCCUGUGCCAUCGAACGUAUCACAGGUGGCUUGAGAGCAGUGGGACAUGCAGAUAGCAAGUCAUGUCAUGCAGCAGAGUGGAUCCGUUCGACGGAUUUCGCUUUGUCACCCAAACGUUACAAAGCACAUGAUGCCUUUCCGCUGCCAAGGCAAGCUGGUUCGUACUUCCAGCGAGUGGAAGCUGGUUUGCGUGUCCAUCGUCCUGCUCGGAAAGACCGGAAUGACAUGGUAAUGAACCCAACUGGGCCUAACGAAACAAGCUUGGUGAUAAAGCCAACGGAGGAAGAAAAGGGCCUUGCUUCUCAGCUUAAAGCAGCGGGCAAUGACAAGAACGGACAGUGGCAAGAAGAGUUUGCCAAGUAUUCUGGGCGAAGUGUGGUGGUGCUUACUGCUGCCAUGCAAGCGGCACUGAAACACAGGGACUAUGAGGAGGGUUUAAAGGCUUAUCAAAAGCUCGAGAUGAGCAAGAUGGAUCUACCUGCGUUUACGAAUUCGAUGAAACUCCUUGGCAAGCUGGGGAAACUCGAUGAAGUCGAAAGGCUUUGGGAACAGCUACUCGAGCUGGGUAGAAUAAACAAAGUUGCAGCUCAAGCUCGCAUUGAUGCGGCGGCAGACAACGGAGACAUGGAAGGAGCUGCCAGAGUUCUCAACUACAUGGACGCAGGAGGCAUUGAGGCAGAUACUUUACACUAUUCAUCAGCCCUCAACGCAUGUGCCAAUGCUGCGACUGCAGCUCGGUCAAAAUCUGCUCAAGAGUUGUUCGAUGCCAUGGUGACGAAGGGGAUCAGGCCGAAUAUUGUGACAUACACCAACUUGCUUCGUGCUCGCCAAGACGAACCCUCUGAAGUUUGUUUGGACAUCCUGAAGGACAUGAAAAACCGGAACGUGAUGGCCAACGCCGUGUUCGCAGAAACCUUUCUCUUCACUCUCUUGCAAUCAACCCAAAAGGGUGGCUGGACCAAGGUCGGCGUCAUCGCUGCGGAUCUGCAGAGACUGCCUCCGGCGGAUCUGCAGGCAGCAAAGCAUUUCAUAGACGAGCUGAGGGAUGCGAAGGUUCAUUUGAGCAGAUCCUGUAAGCUGAUCGAGGCAGCGCUUCAGUCGGUCCAAAGAAAGAAGACAUUCACCCGUGAGGGCGAGGACUUGGAGCAUCGCCGUGAGAACCGUUGGCAGUCGUUGGAGUGAGAAGUGCUAUAGAAGUUUUUUCCCACUGGUGUGAUUUGCUAUGUAAAAAGGGUUGAUUGGUUGUGCGAUUGAGGAGCUCAUCCAGCCCGCCCAACUGCGACUUUGGGUGUUGUUUGCGGAUAAAAUGGGAGUGCUUGGAGGGUGGAGACGAUUCCUGCUCUGGAGGCGAGGCCUUUUUGCACUAGUCACUUGCACAUGUUUGUUUGUGGACCAGGAAUUGGGUGCGGGGGUAACGGCAGGAGCAUGGCUUUGUUUUCAGAGCCCCAUGUACAGACUGACAACAGGCCCGUUGAACCUUCUUUAUUUGCUUGGUCCAACUUGAGACCACAAGCUUUGUCAUCUUCA